GAGGCUCUAUCAGAGCGUGUCUCCUCCCAACUGCCCUUAUAAGAGGCAGAGGGAGGUUGGGGUGGUCUGAAAGGAACCUGGCCCUCUCCUCCUGCAACCCCGGCUCUAGGUCCUGAACUCCGUCUCCAGGACAUGGCAGGCCUUGCGACCCUUGGGGCUAGCCUCCUGCUCCUGACCCUGUGUGCCCACCACCUUGACCCUGCAGGCUCUGUGCCCAUCCCCUCUUCCUGCUGCAUGUCCUUCAUUUCCAAGACAGUUUCCGAGAAGCGAGUGGCUAGCUACCAGCUGUCCAGUGCGAGUGUCUGCCCUAUGGCAGGAGUGAUCUUCACCACCAGGAAGGGCCAGAAGUUCUGUGGCGACCCCAAGCAGCACUGGGUCCAGAAGAUCACAAAGCUGGUGGAUGCCAGGCGGAAGAAGGCAUCCCCUAUUGUCAGGGCGAUGAGCACCAAAGCCCCUGUGCAGGAGAGCCCUGCCAACACCACCUCCAUCUAACCACCGCCCGGCCCUCCACCUGGGGCCCGUGAGCCAGCAGUGAGAGGGGGAGAGUGAAUGUUCCCUGUUUCCUAACAUCAGUCUAUAAAACAAAACCCAAGGCAGGGGAGGCCUGCUAUGGGGGGCUGAGCAACUGCUCCAAGCGUCCUGGGUCCCUUACCUUCCCUGAGCUGGAGAAGAAGAUUCUGGAAGGAAAGGGGUGGCAGCCAUUUGUCCUCCUCCUGAGCUGGCGCUGGCCCUUCUCUGCUUCCCAGGCUCCAUCAGAACCCAGGUGCAUGAGGCCCAACCUCCAGACACACUCAGGUAGCACCAAAAAGCUUAGCCUAUGGCUGGCUUCUGUGGGUCCUCUGGGCUUGCAGUGGGACCCUAUGUGCUGUCUGUCUGUCUGGGUCUGGGCACCUGGCAACAGCUGCAGCUCGUUAUCACAUUGCCAAUGCUCCCAGCUUGUCCCACUUCCAGAAUCCCAGAUGAAUAAAAAUCCGAGAAAAUUCAGGGCUCCGUUGCCGGCUGCCAGAUCCCGCCCUCCUUGCCCGAAUCUCAUGGGCUCUGCUUAAUGAAGUUUUUAGGGACCCGUUGCUUUUGAUGAUGAAAUGGAGCUGCAGGAUCAGGAUGAGGGGCCAGCCUGGGUAGUUUCAUUCCUUUGGGAAGAUAGGGUUUGGAGGAAGCGGUCCGCUUUGUGGCCGGGCCUGCUCCGGGCUGCCUUGGGGACGAAGACCUGUGCCUUUAAAGCUGGUCUUUCCCUACAUCUGGGAGAUGGGAAGACGGAGUGGGGGCUGCGGGGGGGAAGAGGGAUUCCAGGGUUUGUUUGUUUUUUCCCUGUGUACGAGAUACCAGUGACGUAGAUGUCACGAGCGUGGAAACACUCGCUCUUCUCAAAUAACGAUCCAAGUAAAAUGUGAUGCCCUUUUGAA